CGAAAGCCCAAAAAAGCAGACUUCAACCUUCAAAGUCUGACUCUGACAUCAUUUGCUGAUUUUCACUCUACAUAAACAAACGAAACAACUCCUCCACCACACAUGAUGUCACUGAACAAGAUCUCGUUUUGCAUCAGAAAUGCAAACAUGGACCGGUCAAACCUAAGAAAUCCCAGUCGCGGAACCACGUCGGGGCCUUAGAUUCUUGUUUUUGGUAUAAAUCCUGAGGUGGGUAUUGCUAAACAUUUGGUCUCUGCAUUUGGGUAUAUUAUAAAUUUCUAAAGAGAUCAAAUCAUGGAAAACGAGAACAAGUACGCUAAAGAAUUGGAUGUGGCAGUUAGAGUUGUUCAUAUGGCUUGUUCUCUUUGUCAGAGAGUGCAAGAGGGGCUGCUUACCGUGAGUACUGACCAGGUUAAGUCUAAGGAGGAUGAUUCUCUGGUUACUGUUGCAGAUUGGAGUGUUCAAGCAACUGUUAGCUGGGUACUUUCAGAAUCUUUUAGGGAUCAAAAUGUAUCCAUCAUUGCUGAAGAAGAUGUACAAACUCUCUCUAAAGCAGAUUCAGCAGGCUUACUGACGACUGUCACAAACACUGUGAAUCAAAUCUUAGCUGAAGCAUCAAAAUAUGGUCUUGAGAGUCCCAAGAAGGCCCUUGGAGGUGAACAAAUUCUUGAGGCCAUUGGUCGAUGCAAUUCAAGAGGGGGUCCUGUUGGAAGGCAUUGGGUACUUGAUCCUGUUGAUGGAACAUUAGGAUUUGUGCGUGGAGAUCAGUAUGCUAUAGCUUUAGCCUUGAUUGAAGAAGGAAAGGUAGUGAUUGGAGUUCUUGGGUGUCCGAAUUACCCUAUGAAGAAAGAAUUGCUGAAUCAUCAUCAUCAGUAUCAUCAGAGCAUGCCUAAAUUGUCUUUACCUACUUCUGAUACAUUGGAAAAAGGAUGUGUGAUGUAUGCACAGAGGGGCAGUGGUGAGGCAUGGAUGCAGCCAUUAAUCCAAGGAAAUAAGAAAUUUGGAUGGCCAAAUUCUGCACAAUUCAUACGAGUUUCUUCCAUUGAUGAUCCUGAGCUGGCAACCUUCUGUGAACCUGUGGAGAAAGCUAAUUCAAAUCACUCCUUCACAGCUGGGGUUGCUAACAGCUUAGGGGUUAAAAAACAACCCUUACGUGUCCAUAGCAUGGUCAAAUAUGCAGCCAUUGCUAGAGGAGAUGCUGAGAUUUUUAUGAAAUUUGCAUCGUGUGGUUACAAAGAGAAGAUAUGGGAUCAUGCUGCUGGCGUAGUCAUUGUAGAAGAGGCUGGUGGUGUGGUAACUGAUGCUGGAGGAAGGCGCCUUGAUUUUUCAAGGGGGGUAUACUUAGAGGGUCUUGAUCGGGGCAUAGUUGCUUGCUCUGGGGCCUUACUGCAUGAUAAACUCAUUGGGGCUGUUUACGCUAGCUGGGACUCGUCUAAUCUAUGAAGGCUUCUGAAUCUUGAUGAUGGACUUAUCCAACACAGUUCCCAUACUCUUAGCAGGGCCAAGCAAAUUGCUGGAAAAGGUUGCCUGAUGAUACACAGAGACUUCAUUAUACUGUGCUGUCAAAGAGUAGACUCCUUGGCUUGAGGAUACAAGCUUUUUUCAAGGUUUUGUAUAUCGAAGGAUUGCACCUUUUCAUAUUAUUCAAAUAUAGUGAUAACUGAUAACCACCCUUUAGCUGGGCUACUGCUAGUCUACUACUGUAAUGAAUAGUUUUGAUGGACAGUUUCGCCUUCAGUACUCUUAUGCUGAAUUUAUCACUUUCGAAAUUUCCAUUUAUUAUUUGCAAGGUCUAUAGUUAUGCGAGUUUAGAAAUUAUUACACA